UUUAUUUACAGAAAGAUAUUUCCGAAGGACUUGUUGCGUUUAAGUAAUGAUGCAGCAUGCGAGCGUUUUGUACUGUCAGCGCGCCAUUAGAAGUAUGCGCGUCAUCGGCCGAACAACUGUCACCAGGAUCACGCUUUUUAGCACUAAGGCUUUUGGGAAAUCAACAGCCCAAAACAUUAUACUUCCUAGUCGAUGCCAAGAGUCGAGUGAGAGAAGUGUACACACAAACAUGCCUACAUUUUGCAGCGCAAGGCAUGCUCGAUACAGAAUUGUUCGGUUUGGCGGUGCUCAUAGAUGGCGAAUACAUGUUUGCGGAUCCAGAGAGCAAACUCUCCAAAUACGGCCCGAAAAGUUGGAGAUCCUCGCACACACACGGCCUCGAUGCCAAUGGGCGACCACUUCUGGAGCUACAUUUCCAUGUGCAAUUUUAUAUCGAGAGCCCAUUUCUGUUGAAAGAUGAGAUAUCCCGUCACAAUUACUACCUACAAUUAAAAUAUAAUGCUCUACAACGGGAAAUGCCUAAAGAAUAUUCCGAACAGUCGAUGAUAUUGCUCGCCGGAUUAGCGCUACAAGCAGAUUUGGGUGAGGCACCAUCAGCUGGACUAACAACCAAUGCAACCACGAUAACAAAAACAACAACUUCAAAGGGCACAACAUUUAAAUCGCUUGUAACAGAAGAGGGCAGGUGUGGUGGUAAUGUGGAGUGUGACCAUCAAGGCUUGCUCACUUCGCAUAUUACAGACCCUACGGCCAACACAAAUGAAGUCACAAAUGCAGCGGCAAGAAGUACAGAGACUACUACAACGCCUACAACUAACACGGAAGGGACAACUUUUGGAAUAGCAACAGCAACAACAACAUUGCCAAAGAUCAACAAACGCCUAAGUAGUGAAAAUGAUCGAGUGCUACGUCUGCCCAAUUUUUUAACGGCAAGAAAUUCUACAGCCUCAAUAUCAAAUAUAUCUGCGCCAGUUUCUUGCACAAAAAUUAAAACAAAAUCGGAGAAGGAAAGGGAAAAAGAGGAAGCGGCGGUAAUAUCAACGCCUGCCUCCACGAGCUCGUCGUCCAUAUCAGUUUUUCCCAUUAGUGGUAGUUUGAAGCGUAGCCUGGGCGUAAUGGCAGCCUCAUUUUCAACUUCCUCGUCGAUUUCUUCAAUUAAUCGCAGUAGUUCAUCGAAUACCCCACCAACAACGUCGUCGAGCACGUCACUAUCAGCACUGGGUCAGGCACAGUCUACACUGCAAGAGUAUUUCAGCUUGAGAGACUAUUUGCCUGGCGAGCUGUGCACCGCAUGGGCGCUGAGUGCACUGCUGGCUUGUCAUCGUGAAAAUCGUGGCAUGUCAGCGGCGGACGCAGAAUUGCACUACAUUCAGCAUUCCAGUAUGGUGCAUGAGUGCGUCAAUGCGCAUAUUUUUCGAAUGCGUACAUCAAAAAGUGAAAACGGAUUGGGCAGCUCGUGGUUUGUGGUUUAUUCAAAGGGUAUAAAAAUUUUCAACUCCGUUGAAAACAUACAACAGCCAACCACCUUCCUAUGGCCGAACAUAACGAAGCUUUCAUUUGAGCGGAAAAAGUUCGAGAUACGCUCUGGCGACUGUAAGAUCCUUCUCUAUGCCACCUCGGAUGAAAAAAACAAAAUGUUGUUGACGCUGUGCCGCGAAACCCAUCAGUUUAGCAUGAAGAUAGCCGCCCGUCUGAAAGAGGUCAUUAAGCGCGAAGAAGAAGAGAGCAAUUGUCUUCAUGCUUGCUAUAUUUAUUCACGCAGUUUGCACUUGCCUUACAAAAACAAAAGCGACCAGCGUAUAUCGGUCAUUUCGAGCACUAGUUCUAACACCACUUCGGGCAUUGUCAGCGAUCGCGUUCACUCUGAGGAUGAGGUUGAGAUAAUGAUAAAUACACCACCUGCACCGAUUGCAGCACCAUCUACGGAAAGUUUGGCAUUGGCACAUCUACUAGAUCGUCCAAGCGUCAGCAGACAAACUUCAUCAGUCGGCCAAGUUUCAUUGAAAGACCUGGAAGAGCAGUUAGCGGCGCUGUCUGUACGUCAGGAACGUCAAAAGCAGCACUCGAAUUCUGCUAACUCUGGCGAUGAAUCGCCCGCAGAAAGAAGUCACGCCUCAGCGGGAAACUCUUCCAGCAGCAGCUCGAAUCAAGCAUCCCAGCGCGCAGCUGAUUCUUCAACUGCUACUGACUCACCAAGUUCGCAGCACAACAUUGGGUCACAGUGUUCUUCGACCUGUAGUACCGUUGUGGUUUUGCCUAGCACAGAUUCAAUAACAAAUACGCUAACAUCGUUAGCUGUCCAUUCUGCGAUGAAUUCUACGCCAUUACAGCGACGUAACUCUACGUCGAGUAGUCUGGAAUUGGGUUUUAGUCACACAGCACAAAAUUCCAUACUCAGUGAGGCAGAAUCCACUUGCAUUGACCACGAUUUCACAUCUUCUACGCGAGACGAAAACGAGAGCGCUUCUGGCGUUUACACGCUAGCCCACGGCGCACCGCCCACUGAGACCUCUGGUGUAUACACGAUGCAUAGCAGCGAAAUGACAGCGCAAUCGUCAGAGGUUGCCGAGUCUGAAAAAAGUUCCCAUUAUGGCAUUUUCCAGCCGACGAAAGGUGAAAUAGACGCCGAUAAUUUGCAUGAAAGCCCCUCAAAUCGGGAUUCAGUCGAUGGUGGAAAUUACCUCGGCAAACGCAUCAAGAACGAAGAAUUCCGCCUGCGGUCAGACUCCAACGUAAGCACAAGUGGUUCGUUCCGCGGUGAUGGUAGUGAUCCAACCGACAACAAACAUAACCUACUUUCCGCAGAGGAAUUAACCGAUUUAAUCGUUGGGCGUGGUACGUAUCCCAAUCGGAAGACAGUGUCUGGUACCCUAGACUCAGACUGCGAUUACGUCACUUUGCCAUUGCCCAUUACAGGUGAAUCCUACAUUCAAGGCCAUCAAGAUACUGCACCCACUGAAGAUCAGGUCGAAGACCUAAUUAACGAUUUAAUACCGACGGAUCCACCAGCGCCUCCUCAACGUAUCGACAGUAACAGCCUGAAGCAGCCAACAAAUCUUACGAGUCUAAGCAUUAUACCGAUGCGUUCACCACCGCCAUAUCAUGCACGCCAUGAAAAAACCGGUCUAUGUGGGCCACCAGUGUGCCCACCGCUGGCACUAAAGCCAAUUCAAGACACUACAAAAGCGAAAAUUACGCCAAACUUCUCCAAAGUGCCAUCGCCAACCAUUCCAGUUGAGUUUAAUAAGACAGCAGUCGGUAGCACACCAACUCCACGGGCUUCGCUUAAAACAGCAUCCGCUGUGCGCCGACGUGACCCACCGCCAUAUCCCACAACAGCGAAACCCCGACCCACGUCUUUAGUGUCGUUAGCCUCAUGCACAUCUUCUCUAAAUCAUUCCAGCAAUGCGGUUACCUCAACCAGCGGCUCAUUGAGCUCGCUAAAAGCCGAAGAGGUCACAGCUCGUUUCAUAACUACGCGACCACAAAUCAACAUUCUCAAAGCCCAUACCAGUGUUAUUAACGAUAACCAGAAACCCAGUUAUGCUGCACCGACGCAUUGCUCAUCGAUGGUAUCAGCGACCGGAUCUAUUUCCAGCCGUCACAUACCAAGCCAUUUUUCCCAGCAUUCUGUGCACAAUUCUCAUUACAUCAGCGGCUCACAGGUUUCGCUAAGCGGUGAACAUCAUCCGACAUCAGCCACAAGGCAAUCAUCCAUUUCGGCGGCUGCCAUGGCGCAUGCUGCGGCCGCAGCCGCUGUAGGCGCAGGCGUCAUUUCGAACAACAUUGGCAUACCAAUCGUUCCUUAUGGCCUACACGGUACACAUAACAGCAUGUCAUCGUUGCCGCCCCCGCCACCGCCCCCGUAUACGGAAAUAAAGCAGUCGCCAAGAACGUGUGUACUUUUACCAGUGAUUAAGCAUCGACAAUUUCUGCCACCGCCACCACCCAGUCUGCCCCGCCAGCCACCACCGCCACCACCGCCCACUCAGCUAUCCGGUGUUUAUGGAAAUCAACUGGCACGCAAGCAGCUAGAGCUGUACCAGCAGCAACUCUAUAGUGACGUUGACUAUGUCAUCUACCCGCUACAGGACCCUGCAAUCAGCCAGCAGGAAUAUUUGGAUGCAAAGCAGAGCUCAAUAUAUGCAGCAAUGGCACAACAACCGCCACAGCCGCUCUCGCACACUCAUCCACACCCGCAUCCGCACUCGCACCAAUACUUGGCAUAUCACGCAGGGAGUGCACACGUCGGCUCGUGGGACACAUGUAAAGGCCACGCAAUCUAUCGCAGCACACCCUACUUGCCAUUGGCGCUGUCCACACAUUCACGCUAUGCAUCGACGCAAAAUCUGUCAGACACUUACGUUCAGCUACCGAGCACCUACUCACCGCUCUACAGUCCUUCCAUGGCCAGCUUAUGCUCCUCGUAUGAACCACCACCGCCGCCUCCCCUGCACCCAGCCACCUUAGCAGCGACCAACGUAAGCAACACAAACUUUUUUGCACGCUCACGAUCAGAUGACAAUAUUUUAAAUUCACUUGACUCACUACCGAAGGCGAAGCGUAUGCCUCCUCCACCACCGCCGCCAUACGUAAACCGGCGUUUAAAGAAACCACCCAUGCCAGCACCAUCCGAAAAGCCGCCGCCAAUUCCCUCAAAACCGUCCGCUUGCAAUGUUGCGCCCACGAAAAACCAAGUACCGAUGCGCAGUCAGUUGCCGCCGCGCAAGCCACCCACACUAAACACUAAUCGAAGUGUCAAUAAUAUGACGCGCACGUCCAGCGGUGCGCAGUGGGCUGGUGAACGCCCAAAACCUGAUCUGAUAUCAUAUAAUGGCGGCAGCAGCAUUUUGGCGCAUCUUCAAGCCAGUGUAGCAGCAGCUAAUCGACACACUGCUCAUUUAGCAGCAGCUAGCAAGUCAAAGGACGCCACUGGUGGUAGCAACAAUACCAGCCAUGGCACCAACGGCAAUCCAAGCACUAACAAUGCAGGCACAAAUCCACUGGACAUCGCUGUACUACGGGAGAAGAGCAAACAUUUAGAUUUACCGCUAAUCUCCGCCCUGUGCAACGAUCACUCGCUACUUAAGCAGACAAAAGUUUUCGCCAAUGUGAAAACGGGACGCCCGUCAACAAGCUCCACUUCAACCACGCGAAAUGUCAGCGCUAUGCCGGCCUCUCCCAGCGGCACGCGUGCGUCACCAAACAAUGCUGCUAAUCAGCAAAAUUCAAUUGCAAAUACCGCCGGGGCAGAUAACGAAGUAUCAGUCUCGUCAGCGGCGACAACUACGCCUGCCACUACGGCCGCAGUUUCCACACCAGCAACAACUACGACAGCAGUAGCAACAGCAUCGACUACUGCGGUCGUCACCACUACCAACACUACUUCCAACACCAGCACGAAAUCCACAACUUCAAGUACAAUAGCGACACCAAUCCAAUUGGCUGCUGGUAAAGGACGCAAAGCAGGUGGAAGUCAUCGCCAUCCCAAUGACAAAUUGCCGCCGCUGCCAAUGCAAAUGGCUGAGGCAAACAAUUAUGUCAUGGAUCCAGCAAUGGUGAAACACCACAAAAGCUACAAUUCUCAAAUUUAAUUUAAAUUUGGAAACUGAAACAUUCGGCCGAAAAUAAAGAAGCUGAAGGUGACAAGAGCGCAGAGAGUGGCAGCGAUUUAAUUAAAAAAAAAAGAAAAAUGUCAUAUAAUAAUUUGCAUACGAAAGCUACGAACGGCACUAGGCGCAAUUAAAUGCAAUCUCUCGUAUAUGCCACCACACAUAGGCAGAACGCUUUCACCUUGAAGCUGUAACGAAAGAGGUGGUAUGUGCACACAUCCCCUGGAGUAUGAGAUCAUUUUCGAUUCGAUUUUGUUCAAGUGUUUACUUUCUAUUCCUAAAUGAAAAUCACGCCAAACGACGACGACUGCAAGCAUAUGAAAGUAGGGCGGAAAUGUUUCGACUUAUGACAUACUAUAAGUAUAUUUUUGUAAGUAUGUCCCGUUAGUCUGGUUUCCGACAAGUGACUGCAAUCCUUCACAGUGUUUAGGUGGAAGCUUCGAAGAAUGCCAUUUUCAGCGAACGAAAGCAAAAACAAGCAAAAUACAAUUCAAUUGUUAACAAACGUGAAAAUGAGUGAGCGAGUGUUUUUGUAGCGAUGCGUAUUACACAAAAAUAAAAAAAAUACAUAUAUACAUACAUAAAAAAUAUAUAUAUAUAUAUGUACACCGAUUUUCAAAAAUUAACCAAAAACCCCAGAGACAAGACGAACAUGCGGCCCUUCGCGGGCAUAUGAACGAGGCCUGCAGCCUCUAAACUUUACGGUUCAAAAUAUCCAGUUGGAAAAUAGACAGCACUUUGCGUUUUAUAUUUCUGUGGUAUUGUCUUUACAAACGUCUGGAAAGUUCGCAAAGCACCGCCUCGUUCGUUCAAAAGAUUUACAGUUUAUACCAAAAUAUGUAGGGGGAAUUGAGAAAACCUCUGCUGGGCAUCGCACUGGGCCUCUGUGGCAUUAAAAUAUUAGCUUUUUUAGGAGCUGCUCACUUAAAAUACGCUAGGAACAAGUGAUAAGAGAACUAUUUGACUGAAUUGAGGCCGCGACAAUGUCAUUCAAGGCGGCGCUACCACCACUCCGUACGGUCUAGGCUCGGCCCAGCAGCGGUCACCCCUCGGCAGGCGAGUGUAUUUUUGCUAUGUAAAAGCUUCUCAUAAAAGCCAUUUGCCAUUCGGGGGUGGCGUAAGACAGUAGAUGCCUCAAGGCUCACACCACAAAUUGGGGGAGAAGCUCGGUCAAACACUCAGCUGAAGUGUAAGCGCCAAAUUUUUGUUAUUAUUAUGGCAUACAUACAAACAACGAUUAUAUGUAUGUACGUGUCGUGAUGAUAGACCGCUUAUUAAUAUGACAUUGACCUCUGAAGUAUUACUUAUAUCUGCCUACAUACAAACAUACAUGCAUACGUACAUAUAGGUACAUACACAAGCUACAUACGCAACAUUCCCAAGGAAUCUGAUACGAAUUGAGCAAUUUCUUUGUUCAUAACUGACCUCAUUUCAUGUAAAUUAUUUAAUGAAAAGCGAAAACAUCUUAAUCUAGUCACUUUUAGAAAUUCAUAAAACAAUCAAAUAAGCAAACAAAAGACGGUAGACAACUCAAAUACUCAAGCAAAUUUUAAAUAUAUAUUUUUAUUGUAUUUCAAAUAUGUAUUUAUGUAAUUCAA